AGUGUCAUCACUCAUCAUGCAUUUUUGACGUUUGUGAUGAGAUUGUUUGUAAAUCCCCAAUUUUCAUAAAAUUUAAAAAUAAGCAAGAGCCAACAAUCAACUUUUUAGCGAGGCUUUUCAUCGUAAUUUACUUAGGUCAAAAGAUUAAUCUGAAUGUGUUUUUAAAACAAUUACGUAGGGUAAGCAGACGCAUAGUUCAGAAAUUAUUACUAUGAUUGAACUAUCAGCGAAACUAACCACAGGCUCAGUUUACUUAGCUGGAGAGGCGUUGGAAUGUGGUAUUACAUUUUGUCAUACUCCUCAACCCGAACAUAGAAAUUCUCAAAGUCAUAGUGAUAUUUUAGAAAACUUAGCCUGGGCGUCUGCACAAAUACACUGUUUUUUCUCAACACCAAAAACUACAGGCGACAAAGCUACCAUCAUUGAAAAAACUACAGCUUUGGAGGUGACAUCAUGUGAUAUUGGAGAUGUUGUGUUCCAUACAAAACCUAAAAUAUUGUUUUGUGACCUAACAAUACCACUUGGAGAAACAAAAACAUUUUGGUAUAGAGAAUCUCUUCCCAUGGAAGCACCACCAUCCUAUAGAGGUACUGCUGUAAAGUACUCCUAUAAAAUAACAAUAGCAACACAGAAGGUAGGAUCUCACAUUAAGAUGGUGAGAAUACCAUUCAGAGUUCUCCCUAUAAGUCCAAUCAUGAACAUGCAAGAUUUAGCUGCAUUAUGUGGUAAUGAAACUACAGAAGAGCUUCAGCCAACUAAUCCAUUCUCAGAAGAAAGGAAGGUUGAAACUCCUUUGACAAUGGCUUUACAAGUGCUACAGAAUCUCACAGCAAGAAGAAGUCCAAACUCAUAUAUGAUAACAAAUUCAAGAGGCAAAGUUGGCAGAUUCUGCUUGUUCAAAUCAGCUUACAAACUGGGUGAAGAUAUUGUUGGCACCUUUGACUUUUCAGUUGGUACAGUCACUUGUAUGCAGGUUUCAGUGUCUCUUCAACCUGAGGAGGUGACUAAGACUAAUACACCAAUGAAGAGUGCAAACAAGGAAAACAGUAGCAGGUCCAUGACAGUGGCCAGAUAUCAUGAGGUCACAUUAGGUCUCACACACUCACAGCUCAUACUGCCAAUACCACUCCACAUAACACCUGCUUUUGAGGGUGAUGAAGUGUCACUAAGUUGGAGACUUCACUUUGAGUUUGUGACAAGCAAUGAGAGGUUACAGCCAGCACCAGAAGACAAGGAUUGGAAUGCACCACUCAAUGUUUCCAUAGAAACUAUGGUGUGGAAUUUACCUGUUAAGAUUUACUCCACAUUACCCAAACAGAUUAGCCAACAGUCUGUAGGAAAUGAUGCUUAUACUUUGUAUAUAAAAUAGUUAAGUUUUAAAUGUUAAAUUACACUGAUUUGUUAAUAUAUAAUUUAAGAAUUAUCAUAGUAAAAGAUAGAUUUAAGAUUUUAUAUCAAUAAAAAAUAUACUACAACAUUCCUAAUAAAUAAUUUAUUGAUUA